AACAACGUCCUGCGUUCAUGACACAGGUAUGCUGGCUUUCGGUUCAUCCUAACAAUUAUUUGAUUUACCCACGAUAGCAGCAAGGAGAACGGCAUAAAAGACAGCACACGCUACAACUGGGAGAUGGACCAUAGCUGCGGCAAACUAAACAUCACAGAGGAGGUUAAGACGGUGCAGAUGGUGCUCUCCGUUCCGACCUUCGUUCUGGGGCUCAUGGGUAACGUGGCGGUGCUGGCGAUGUUCUUCUGCAGACGAGGACAAUCCUGGACCUACAUGAUGGUGUACAUCACAAACAUGGCGUUAGCCGACUGCACCAACCUGGUCUUUCUGCCAUUCAGAAUGUACUUCUACCGGAACGAAUUGCCAUUGGAAAUGAUUGACUUCUGCUUGGUUCUGAUCUCAGUUUACUUCGUGAACAUGUACGUCAGCAUCUACACCAUCACGGCCAUAAGUGUGGUGCGCUAUUUGGGUAUAAAGUACCCUUUCAAAGCCAAAGAGAUCCUGUCUCCAUGGAAGGCCCUCCUUGUGUGUGCAUUCAUAUGGGUUCUUCUUUGCUCCCUUAGCACAUGCUUCCACUUCGUGGACACUCCAGGGAAGAACGCGACCCACAUCACUUGUUUCCAAAAAAACAGGGAGACGCCUUUGCCCAUUCACUUCAUACUAGCAUUGGAGCUGUUGGGCUACGCUCUGCCCCUUAUCACGAUGAGCUUCUGUUCAGUCCAAGUCAUCCGCACCUUGUCGAAGCAGACCAGGGCAAGCUCUCAGAUGGACAAGAAGAUCCAGUGCAUCCGCAUCAUGGCAGCAAACUGGGUCGUCUUUGUCGUAUGUUUUACCCCGAUUCAUUUUGGGUUCCUUUUCAAGUAUAUUGUAGAGUCGCAUUGGAAGGACAACUGUGAUCUAUUAAAUGGGGCACAUAAUUUUUUGCACUUUUCCUUCGUGAUAGCGAACAUGAAUUGCUGCCUGGAUGCGUUCAGCUAUUACUUCGCCACCAAAGAUUCUUGGAAGAGGCUCUCAGCAUGCUGCCAAUCAAAAAAUGCAAUUAUUUAACAGACAUCUUACCCAAUCCAUGCGGUUUUGCAAAGGCACGUGUUGGUCCUGAUAUCCAUAAGGCAGCAUGUGGCUUCAAGUACCAAAAACACAGUUUAAAUGUCCAUUCUCCAGCACCUCUCAUGAGCCUUACCAGAACAAUGUUUCAGUGGCUGUCUUUAAGGCUCACUGACCUCAACGAACCUCCAUACCUCACUAACUGAACGCCGUCUGAACCGAGUGCUUGGAUUAGCGGAGGCCAAAAGGUGUGGCGUGCUGAUGCAUACGACCGUAUCGUUGUGAUGCCACUACUUCACAGAAUUCCAAACGGCUUGUUUAAAUGCACAUUUUCUUCGGAUUGUGUGGAUUUAUUUGAGGACUGUUCAUUGUGAUACCUUCACAGUGAUUUUGUAACACAUUUAACUGCUUAAGAAUCCACAUUACAAGGGAAAUGUCAUUUUCCAUAAUAUGGGACCUAUAAUUGAGUACUCUGUAAAGCAUGCUGAACUACAAAAUGGGUUUACACCAAUAAACAUAUUA